AGAUGCCUCCCACUAAAUUUUCGGAAAGAUGAAUUAAAAGGAAUUUAUAAAGACAGAAUGAAAAUUGGAGUGAGCCUUGCUGAUGUUGAUCCAAUGCAGCUAGAUUCUUCAGUACGAUUUGAUAGUAUUGGUGGCCUGUCUAAUCAUAUUGCAGCUCUAAAAGAGAUGGUGGUGUUUCCAUUACUUUAUCCAGAAGUCUUUGAAAAAUUCAAAAUUCAACCUCCAAGAGGUUGUUUGUUUUAUGGUCCACCUGGAACUGGAAAAACUCUGGUUGCUAGAGCACUUGCCAAUGAGUGCAGUCAAGGGGAUAAGAGAGUAGCAUUUUUCAUGAGGAAAGGUGCUGAUUGUCUGAGUAAAUGGGUAGGAGAGUCUGAAAGACAGCUACGAUUGCUAUUUGAUCAGGCUUAUCAGAUGCGCCCAUCAAUUAUUUUCUUUGAUGAAAUCGAUGGUUUGGCUCCAGUACGAUCAAGCAGGCAAGACCAAAUUCACAGUUCUAUUGUUUCCACCCUGCUAGCUCUUAUGGAUGGAUUGGACAGCAGAGGAGAAAUCGUGGUCAUUGGUGCUACCAACAGACUGGAUUCUAUUGAUCCUGCUUUACGAAGGCCUGGUCGCUUUGACAGAGAAUUCCUUUUCAGCCUACCUGAUAAAGAUGCUAGAAAAGAAAUUCUAAAGAUUCACACAAGGGAUUGGAAUCCUAAACCACUGGACAUAUUUCUAGAAGAACUAGCAGAAAACUCUGUUGGAUACUGUGGUGCAGAUAUUAAGUCAAUAUGCUCUGAGGCUGUUUUAUGUGCUCUACGUCGACGCUACCCACAAAUCUAUACCACUAGUGAGAAACUACAGUUGGAUCUCUCUUCAAUUAAUAUCUCAGCUAAGGAUUUUGAGAUAGCUAUGCAAAAGAUGAUACCAGCAUCCCAAAGAGCUGUGACAUCUCCUGGGCAGGCACUGUCCACUGUUGUGAAACCACUCCUGCAAAGCACUGUUCAGAAGAUCUUAGAAGCCCUGCAGAGAGUAUUUCCACAUGCAGAAAUUAGAACAAAUAAAGCAUUAGACUCAGAUAUUUCAUGUCCCCUGCUAGAAAGUGACUUGGCAUACAGUGAUGAUGAUAUUCCAUCAGUAUAUGAAAAUGGGCUUUCUCAGAAAUCCUUUAAUAAGGCAAAAGAAAAUUUUAAUUUCCUUCAUUUGAAUAGAAAUGCUUGUUAUCAACCUAUGUCUUUUCGACCAAGAAUACUGAUAGUGGGAGAACCAGGAUUUGGGCAAGGUUCUCAUUUGGCACCAGCUGUCAUCCAUGCUUUGGAAAAAUUUGCAGUGUAUACAUUAGACAUUCCUGUUCUUUUUGGAUUCAGUGCUACAUCUCCUGAAGAAACAUGUGCCCAGAUGAUUCGUGAAGCUAAGAGAACAGCACCAAGCAUACUGUAUGUUCCCCAUAUCCACCUGUGGUGGGAAAUAGUUGGACCAACACUCAAAGCAACAUUUACCACAUUGUUACAGAAUAUUCCUUCAUUUGCUCCAGUUUUACUACUUGCAACUUCUGACAAACCCCAUCCUGCUCUACCAGAAGAGGUGCAAGAAUUAUUUAUUCAUGAUUAUGGAGAAAUUUUUAAUGUCCAGUUACCUGGUAAAGAAGAAAGGACAAAAUUUUUUGAAGAUUUAAUUCUAAAGCAAGCUGCUAAGCCUCCUAUAUCAAAAAAGAAAGCAGUUUUGCAGGCCUUGGAGGUACUCCCUGUAGCACCACCACCUGAGCCAAGACAGUUGACAGCAGAAGAAUUGAAACGACUGGAAGAGCAAGAAGAAGAUACAUUUAGAGAACUGAGGAUUUUCUUAAGAAGUGUUACACAUAGGCUUGCUAUUGACAAGCGAUUCAGAGUAUUUACUAAACCUGUUGACCUUGAUGAGGUUCCUGAUUAUGUCACUGUAAUAAAGCAACCAAUGGACCUUUCAUCUAUAAUAAGUAAAAUUGAUCUCCACAAGUAUCUGACUGUAAAAGACUAUUUGAGUGAUAUUGAUCUAAUCUGCAGUAAUGCUUUAGAGUACAAUCCAGAUAGAGAUCCUGGAGAUCGUCUGAUUAGGCAUAGAGCCUGUGCUUUAAGAGAUACUGCCUAUGCAAUAAUUAAAGAAGAACUUGAUGAAGACUUUGAACAGCUUUGUGAACAAAUUCAGGAAUCCAGGAAGAAGAGAGGUUGUAGUUCCUCCAAAUAUGCCCCAUCUUACUACCAUGUGAUGUCAAAGCAAAAUUCCACUCCUGCUGGUGAUAAAAGAUCAGAUCCAGAGCAGAAUGAAAAAUUAAAGACUCCAAGUACUCCUGUGGCUUGUAGCACUCCUGCUCAGUUAAAGAGAAAAAUCCGCAAAAAGUCAAAGUGGUACGUAGGUACCUUAACGAAACGAAGGAGGAUUUCACAGGCAAAAGAUGAUAGCCAAAAUGUAGCUUAUGACAAACUUGAGAGUGAUACAGAGGAAAACCAAGACACAAGUGUAGACCACAAUGAGACCAGAAAUACAGGAGAGUCUUCAGUGGAAGAAAAUGAGAAGCAGCAAAAUACCUCUGAAAGCAAAACAGAAUUGGGAAAUAAUAAUUCAAGUGUGUGUAGUAUUGAGAAUAAACUUGAAGAAUCCAGAAAGACUACAGCAUGUACAGAAUUGAGGAAAGAUAAGAUUGUUUGCAAUGGAGAUGCUUCUAGCUCCCAGAUAAUAGAUACUUCUGAUGAAAAUGAAGCAAAAGAAAUGUGUGUUCUGCGACUGACCCGAGCACGACGUUCCCAAGUAGAGCAGCAGCAGCUCAUCAGUGUUGAAAAGGCUUUGGCAAUUCUUUCUCAGCCUGUACCCUCACUUACUGUGGACCAUGAGCGGUUAGAUAAUCUUUUGAGGACUGUUGUUAAAAAAAGUCAAGAAUACAAUAUUUUUCAUUUGGAGAAUUUGUAUGCAAUAAUCAGCCAGUGUAUUUAUAAGCAUCGCAAGGACUAUGACAAAACAACACUUAUUCAGAAAAUCGAGCAAGAGGUAGAAAACUUCAGUUGUUCCAGAUCAUGAUGUCAUGGUAUCAAACAUUCUUUAUAUUCAGUUCUUAUUUAAUUAACCUUUGUCAUGACUUCACAUAACUGAUGCAAGAUUAAAUCCUGCAUUUAUAAGGAAAAGAUUAAAAUAGUAGAUAAAAAUAUUUAAACUUCUGGUAUUUGUAUACAUGUGUAAGAUAGUUACAGAGGUAACUGAUAAAUAUUGGAAGUUUGAUUGAAUAAGGUAUUAUAGUAACAGUAGUUCUGUGUAUACAUAUCAAUAGUUGAAGUGUGGCCAACUCUUAAUUAAAGUUAUUUUGAUAACAUUUUUGGCACUUAAGAGUAAUCAGUGACUUUGAAAUUUUUCAUUUAAGCACUUUUAAUUUUUUUCCUUCUUAAAAAUAGUUUAUUGUAUCAUACUAGAAACUUAACCAUAGUGUCUUUGCCAUACUCUAUUUGUCUUUGUUUUCUUCAAUGCCUUUUGCCUGCCCAUUCACUUAAAAAACCAGUGUUUAAGUCAUGAUUUGCAAGGACACUUGAACAACUUUUGGCUGCACAAUUCUGUACUUUCAUGUGAAAAUGAAUGCAUUUUAGAUAAACAUUUUUACAAUUCUAAUUAAGGUUAAUACGUUUUAAAAUAUUUUUUGUUUACUUUUAUGAUUAUAACAGUAUAUUAAGAACUACCUUGUUAAGCAUUUUUAAUAGCACAACGUUUUCAUAUUUGAAAACUAUCAAAAUUUAUGUUUUGGUUAUAUUCUAUAUUUUUAUAUAUGAUUAUGUAAAUAUAAAUAUUAUAAAUUUUAUAUUAGUGAUACCAAAAAUACAUUUCUUUCUUAAAGCAAUAAAACACCACUCACUGCCAUGCAUUAAUUUUUUUCUUAAGAAGACAUUCUAAUAUUAGUUUGUUAAAAAAACUUCUCUUGGAAACUUCUUUCAAGAGGAAUGGGGGAUAAUCUCAUAUGAGAGAUUCUGUAUUCUAAUAUACUUUCAAAAUUGAGCUGCCUUUUGUUGUUGAUUUAUCUGGAUAUUGUAUUUAAAGCCUUCUAAAGCCUUGUAAUUCAGAUACUUUAAUUAGUAGAUACUGUUCUAUGUAGUGCAUAAAGCAAUGCCAGUCACUGAAAACAUUUAAGUCACUUACAUACACACAUGAACUCAUUCUUAUUGAAGUGUAUUAUAACUUAUUCCAGAUGCAUCUUUUAUAAUUAGGAUUUCAUUUUGUAUGUAUAGCUUUGGUAAUAAAUUUUAAAGGUAAAA